AUGCCAGCUACAACUCAACUUGCUUCUCUCGUGGUGAGUGCUUUUGAUACUUUCUUAAUUGUGGACAAUAGUUGUCUGUCAGCCGAGUUGUUCAACGUCAUCCGGAAACCAUUCAGUUACUGUUCACGGAGGUACAAUCACUUCUUACAUAUGGGUCCCCGCCCCACACCCCCAGGUACACAUUUGCAUGUAGCAGCUGCUCGGAAGAGAAGUCACCAAUGGUGCGUUUCCCUGACCCCCAACAACACUAACACAGUUGGGAGAAUGACACGUCAUUGCUUUCUGCGACCAAUUAGGAGAGACCUUCGAGCAGCUCCAACACUACUCACACAUUUGGAAACCUUGGGCGCGAUCCAUUCAACCAAAAUUUCCGGAAAUUUCGGUCCAAAACUCAAUGGAUCGGUUCGGUCCAACCGGAAAAGUUUCGAAAAAACGGGUCCACCUUUUGAGGUGGACCACUUUUCCCGGUCNCGACCAAUUAGGAGAGACCUUCGAGCAGCUCCAACACUACUCACACAUUUGGAAACCUUGGGCGCGAUCCAUUCAACCAAAAUUUCCGGAAAUUUCGGUCCAAAACUCAAUGGAUCGGUUCGGUCCAACCGGAAAAGUUUCGAAAAAACGGGUCCACCUUUUGAGGUGGACCACUUUUCCCGGUCGGACCGGUUGGAAUUUUGGUUGAAUGGAUCGUGCCCCUUGGGUACACUUACCCCACCCAUAUAUCCUAACAUACCCUCUAGGAGCCUCUCCUAAACAGAAAAGGUCAUGAUCAUUGUGUUUAGAGUCAGAGUCUAUUAUUUUAAUUAUAUUAAGUGAAGUCAAAACUAUAACUAUGCUUUGCAUUUUCAUAUAGGUUGGACUUGCAUUAGGGAAUGUCGCUGGUGUGUAUUUAGCUCAGACAUACGAGGUAAGAGGACCCCUGACUCCUUUUCCUAACGCUGUGUAAAAUUACUCAGGUGCCUUAGUCUAAGGUGAGUGGAAGUGCAAGUUCUUUUGGUUGGUGGAUUAGUAUGAUUUGCUUCAGGUCUGAAUGCUUUUUGAUUCAAGGGAUGCUUUCUAUUCAACAAAAAUUCCGGUGUGAAAUUUCGGAAAUUUCUCAUGCUCAAUGGAAUGGUUCAUUCCGGUUGAACAGACCCAACCCAAGCCGUUGCGUGUUUGCUUAUUGUUCUUGUAAGCAGGAUACAAAAGAGCGGUUCUAGGGACAACAGUUUUGUCAAAUGGAAAGGGACAUUUUGGUCCGAGAGACUGAAAUGACCAGACCGGUCAAAGAGGACCACCUUCAAAGCUGGUCCCGAAUAUUCUGGUCAGACCAAACCGAAAUGGUACGUUCCAUUUGAUGUACCAACUGAAAUUUCCAGAAUUUUGGGUUGAAUGGAAAGUGCACAAGAAGUUCUAGACGAAGGUUAAAAUACUUCUAUCCACCUAAUAUUUAUUUACAUAAUGUUCAAACGUUGGAUAGCACUAUCCACUGGAUUAAAAAUCUAUCCAGUUGACAACACACAUUUAAACAACCAGGGCCUGGUGGAUUGUGUCCACAUAAUUAUUUAAUAAUUAAAGGUACAGUCAUCUAGUGUGAAAUAUAGCAUGGUAUAGAAUUAAUCAGCAGUAGACUCUCUGCUUUAAUUGGCUAAAUAAAGACCAAAGAUAAUUUUAAAUUUGUUUAAAUUACAUGUAUUCCAGGCAGUGUUAUCUUUGGUCAUAAAAUUGUUUACAAAUUUUGAAGCCAGAGCAUGUAUAAUAUGUAAACAAUAUUCUUCUGCUUCUGAUGACUGUUAUUGUCAAUCUUUUUGCCCAACUACUUGUGAAAUACAUUCUGCUUAAAUGCUCUCUUGGCAAAAACCAAAUAUUUUUGAAGCAAGCAACUCUUAGUAUUUUCUCUUCAUAGCCCGCAUCAUAUAUUUUGAUAGCAGAGCAAGUAGUUCCCUAGUUUAACCCAAGUGAAUGCUGGAGAAGGGGGUACCCUACAAAUUUUUGUGGGGGUCUGCAACCAGGUUCCUGAAAGUCCUACACAGAACACUAUGUACCUUAUAUCAGACCAUGUUUAGGUGUAACUUAAUUUGCAACCCCAUUCUUCGGUUCAACACAAUGUGCCAAAAAACUCCUCUCCCAUCCAGUCUAACCAUUAACAAAAAGGACUUAUAAUUUAGCACACUGCUGAUCAGUUCCCAUAAAUGAUGCCCAAUUCUAGGCCAACACCUUUACAUAACCUAAAUAUAGCAUCACCCAUUCCCCUGGGCAUUCUAGUGCCUGCAAAGGCUUCCAGAAAAUACCUGCAGUACACGCUAUUGAAAACCUCUUUAGGCAUUAUUUUUGUAAGUGUACUUAGUGAGCUGUGUUUUAACUGGCUUGAAUCUCUAAUCUUGGAGACAACUUGGUCUGUCCACUGUAAAUGUAACUGCUUUUCUAAUAGGUGAAUAUGUCAUGGUUCAAUUUUAUCCUUGGUUUAAAUUUUACUGAUUUCCCUUUGUUUUAAACUCAUUAUCAUACAGUACUGCACCCCAAAAUAAAGGGAAAUAGAAUUGAAACUAAGGACAAAAUUGAACCACAACAAAUAUACCUGUGGCAACUCAGGUUCAAGGUCCUAUUGGAUUCACUUUGAGAAUCACUGAUUAUACUUUUGUCUCCCUUGUAGUUGCCCGAUUUACACACAUUUGCAGAAAACCUUUUCUCCAAGGCAAAAGAAUAUGAAAAAACAACAAGAAAGUCUGAUGAUGGGAAGGAGUGA